CCCCCUCCGGAACGAGUGUUUCUGGCUGAGGGGUUUUGAGGGGAGACUGUGAUCUCGACAGGUGGCCUGUCCCCAGCCUCACAGUCAGGCCUGAGUGGUGGUGAGGUCACCAUGUCCACCAAGGUGCCCAUCUAUCUGAAACGGGGCAGCCGGAAAGGUAAGAAGGAGAAGCUUCGUGACCUGCUGUCCUCUGACAUGAUCAGCCCGCCGCUGGGGGACUUCCGCCACACCAUUCAUAUUGGCAGCGGUGGCGGCGACAUGUUCGGGGACAUCUCCUUCCUGCAGGGCAAGUUCCACCUCCUGCCGGGGACAGCGGUCGAGGGGCCCGAGGAAGACGGCACCUUUGACCUUCCCUUCCAGUUCGCCCGCACCGCUACGGUGUGUGGGCGGGAGCUCCCCGACGGCUUGUCCCCUCUGCUCAAGAAUGCCAUCUCGCUCCCAGUCAUCGGCGGGCCCCAAGCCCUCACGCUGCCCACAGCCCAGGCCCCGCCCAAGCCCCCUCGCCUGCACCUGGAGACCCCUCAGCCUACCCCGCAGGAGGCAGGGAGUGUGGACAUUUGGAGGAUUCCGGAAGCCGGCUCACCCCACCAUGGGCUGACGCCGGAGUCAGGGUCCGAGGAGUCCUUCCUGUCCCACGCCAGCUCCCUGCUGUCCCUGCAUGUGGACCUGGGGCCUUCCAUCCUGGACGACGUCCUCCAGAUCAUGGAUCAAGACCUCGACUAAUCAUGCGGGUCCCCCACACAGGACCCGCAGCCGACCAG